UAUGCUGCCAUGUUGGAAGUUAAAAUUUGAAAUGCAAGCCAUGAUGCAAGGUACUGGUAAUUAAACUAAUUUUAUACUUUGGAGUUUCAACAUUUGCCAUGGAAUAUGUUGAUUUUCUUGCAACUGGUCCACGCACAAUCUUGUGUUGUCAAUGUGGCACAAUCACACAACCUAAUCCAUCAAACAUGUGUGUGGCCUGUCUUCGUAACCAGGUUGAUAUAACAGAGGGAAUACCAAAACAGGUUCAUUUAAACUUCUGUAAAGCUUGUGAAAGGUAUCUUCAGCCUCCCAACACUUGGGUUAGCUGUGCUUUGGAAUCACGAGAUCUAUUGGCUCUAUGUCUUAAGAAACUGAAAGGUCUUUCAACGGUUCGACUCAUUGAUGCUGGAUUUGUAUGGACUGAGCCUCAUUCAAAAAGAAUUAAAGUUAAAUUGACAAUUCAGAAAGAGGUUUUGAAUGCAACAAUAUUACAACAAGUCUUUGUUGUUGAGUAUGUUGUUCAAAGUCAAAUGUGUGGAGAUUGUCAUCGACGAGAAGCAAAGGAUUACUGGAAAGCUCUUGUUCAAAUAAGGCAGAAAACAAGUCAUAAGAAGACAUUUUUUUAUUUGGAACAAGUCAUCAUAAAGCAUCAAGCUCAUCAAAAUACGUUGAGAGUAAAACAACAAUCAGAUGGUCUGGAUUUCUUUUUUGCGACACCACAAGAUGCCAAGAAGUUUGUUUCAUUUCUACAAUCAGUUGUACCUUGCAGGAACAAACUUUCUCAAAGACUCAUCUCUCAUGAUGUUCACACAAGCAGCUAUAACUAUACCAAUACACAUUCUGUUGAACUUAUUCCUGUUUGUAAGGAUGAUGUUGUUUGUCUUCCUAUAAAACUUGCACGAUCCUUAGGGACUAUUGGACAACUUGUAAUAUGUACCCGUGUUACAACAGCCAUUCGAGUUCUUGAUCCAACAACACUCAAAACUGCUGAAAUAUCAACAAAUGUGUACUGGCGAACACCAUUUCAAAGCUUAUUAAGUUAUAAACAAUUGGCAGAAUUUAUGGUUCUACAAUGUGAACCAGUUGAUCACUCAACACACAACUCCUCUGUUAUUUCACAGUAUUGUCUUGCGGAUGUUUGGGUGACAAGAACGUCUGACAUUGGACUCAGUGACAACCAGUAUCAUUGUCGUAGCCACUUGGGUAAUCUUUUAAAAGUCGGAGAUUUAGUCCUUGGAAUUGAUUUCACUACAUCAAACAUAAAUGAUGUCAAUUUAAACAAGUUCACUCCAGAUAAAUUACCGGACGUGAUUUUGGUGAAGAAGAUUUAUGGUGAUAAGAAAGAAAGAAAGAAGGCAAGAAAGUGGAAGUUGAAAACAUUAGAGAAAGAUAUUGUGGGAGAGAAUCCUGAAAGCAUUGAAAAAGAGUUUGAUGAUUUCUUAGAAGAUUUAGAGGAGGAUCAAGUAUAUCGUCAUAACGUUAAUAUUUACAAAGAUAAGCACAAAUAUGGCGUGACAUCAAAUGCUGAAGAUGUGCCAGAAGUGAGCCUCGAUGAAAUGCUGGAUGAUUUAAACUUGAAUGAUGAAGAUAUGUAAGAGAUUGUAGACCAGGCUAAAUAUGCAUGUUGUCAUUUCUGCCAACAUGUCACCUUUCAUUUGAAAAAAUAAGUUUUAAAAUAACCAUUCUCAAUGAGAAAUAUUUCUUGAA